GAAACGAUGGAACAAGGCGAUGGAACGAAGCGAUUAAACGAUGGAACAGAGCGAUGGAACAAAGUCAAAUGCCCACGGCGGAUAUAGCAGAUAUACAUUUAUGCGUCAAAGUUUGUUUGACGCUGAUCUGGCUCUGCAAGGUUACAUUGCAAGAACUGAAGGCUUGACUGACUCUGCUGGAAGGCAUUCGUGUUUAAAGUGUUGAAAGUCUGCUGCCUGUUACUACUGGGGUGUUAUCAGGGAGAAGAGGCAUCUACAUAAAACCUAUUUGGAUCUACUUCUACUGUACAGCUACUGCUUAUCCAGGCUGUGCACAACUGUGAUACAUACAAAAUCAGGAUAAACAUUGCCAUGUAGUUUCAUCUUCCACAGCAGAGGCCAAGAAAAUCAUCGUCGUCAUGAGGUGGAGAGGUGAGACUUGUUCCCCUCAAACCCCCGCGUCGUGGAGCUGUGGCUGCCCGUAUUCACGGACCAGUUUCAGGCCCAAUGACGCACAAGGAUUACAGUAGGGAUAUGUCCGUUAAGGAGCCUCAUAAUCAAGCAAAUCAUCACCGAAGUGUUGCUGUUGCUAGAAGCCAUUCAUUUGGAGGCAUGGCAAAUCCCCGUAUCCAGUCGGCACAAUCCACACCCAUACUGGGGCAGAACAUACGCCGGAGCCCCCAGUAUGUGAAACCCUCCCCGGCAGCCAAAACUUUGGGAUUUAGCUUCAAGAAAUCACCAAAGAUCCCCAAAAUACCACGGCCCAGUCGUGCUGCUCUCAUGUUUGAAAGUGUUAAAAAAGGCAUAAGGGAGUUUAUUGUGGCCACAGAGGAGGACAUAGCCCUGUUGCAAGGGAGUGACCCUAACACAUCCACAGCUCAGGGCAAAUGUUUUGAGACAGAUAAGCAAGUGAAAGUUGCUGAGCGUCACCUGAAGAGACUAGAAUUUCACCUGUCAACGAUUGAUGAACUUCAUGACUGUUACCUGUUAAAUCAGCAGUUGAGAGAGGAUCUAAGCCCCCACGUCUACAAACAGCAUGCUGGCGGUGUGCGCACGAUGGCUCGUGCUUAUGUGGCCUCCCCUGGCAGAACGAAGGACCCACUCAAUAAUGUGAAAUAUGGUUACAAGGAAUGUACGCAGACGAUGUGCGCGAUAGAAGCACAGCUGGAGAGUAUGAUGGGCACAUUCCACUGCAAGUUAAAAGGCAUGGUGGGAUUUGCUCGCCUCUGUCCUGGAGAUGUGUUUGAAGUCACGCUCAGAUACGGAUCACAGAAAUGGAAGAGCAAAGGGCGAGUAGAGAAGGAUAGUUCACAGAAAUGGGAGGUGCCAGACUUUGUCUUCAAGGCACUUCUUGGUGAUAUCAUCAGUAUAAAAGCUGUGGAAGUUCGCAGUUUUAAAUCAAUAGUGCUGGGUCUGAAGAACUGUGAGACGAAGGAUUUAUUCUCAGCCCACCCUCAGAUGAUGACGGUCAGCGUGAACACGAAUGGCUCGUUGAAACUCAGCGUCAUCAUCACCUGGAACCCUCUAGAAGGGGUAGACGAAAGUGCGGCAUACUUUGAUUCCAUACGGACACAGGGGGCGCGCAAAAGGCCCGUCAGUCUGGUCACACUCAAUGGUCAAUACUCACCACGGCCGGAUCAAGGCGGUGAAAGGCGACUGUCGAAUCCAGUUCCUCCAAGGAAAUCCCAGCAUGAUGACAGCUUUGGAACGUCUCAUUCAGAUGGAAAACAGAAUGGUGCCCAUGCUAGAUCAGGACUAGGGGUCGUGUCAAACCUCUCAGCCCAGCCUAGAGACAAUGGCAGUUUACCUCAAAUAAAGGAGAGUCCGGUGUCCCCUGUGUCACCCCUCUCCCACCCCAAGGCAGUAUUAGCCAGCGCCCCAAACCUUAACAGCAGCAUAAGCCCAGCUCCGACUUUACCACCACACAGGUUUGACCCUCCCCCACCCCGAUUCUCUGGAAUGUUACCAGCUGGCGCAGCGGUGUCCCGGGACGAGGCGGCCACACUAGAGGAGGCCCUGUCUAACUUGAGCACCGCCCUUGAAGAUUUCCAGGGUCAUUACACGGAGCUUCAGAAACUAGAAGAGGUCGUCUCCACCCUGGAAUGCAUGUUGAGGAGGCGAUCACGCAGCAGUUCCCAGUCUUCCAAUGUGAGUGUGUCCAUAGAGAGUGCUCUUGGAGCUUUUGACUUUCUGAACACGGAGGAUGUUACAGACAGUGGGGAUAUCGUUGGAUCACCAGAGACAAGUAGACGGUCUAGUUUUGAUCACAUUUUAGCCAGUCCAGAAUCCACAGCCAAAACGGCAGAUUCUGGGAUUGAAUCCUUAGCAAAACGGUUAUCAGAGGACACCCAGUUUGGCUCAAGUUUAGGCUCCAGUCCAGAACCUGCAUCCACUGGCAAUGAACAGGUGGACCAGGCCUUAAUGCAUCAUCUUGUAUAUGCUGAGAAACUGCUAGAGAACCUGGGGAGUUUUGGUCCGCUGAAGUGUAAGGAGAUCUACUCCGUGGACAAGUUACAGAAGCAGGCUGUCAUAUUGGAAGAGCUGGUCAUGAUAGCAAAAUGUAGUCCCACGGUCGACCUCUUCCCAGUCAUGAAUGACUUGACAACAGACAAACAGCUAAAGGAGUUCUGGACCAAGGCUGUAGAACAAAAUGUGUUAUUUGUCAGCAUGGAGCGACUGUCCAGCGUGCUGGAGCAGAAGUUUGCCAGCAAGAUAAAAGCCAAGUACGACGUACAACCUGCUGCAGUGUGCAGAGAAAUCGUGUCCAGAGUGGUAGAUUUGCCAACUUUUGACACAGAAAAAUCAAAAUCCAGUGUCAUUGUGACAUUACAUCAGUUUAUGCAUUACUUUAAGGAGGAAGGAGGCCUGAAGUAUGUAGAAACAGCCGCAGGGGAAUUGUGGAUGACUGAGAGGUUACAAAGCAGGAAUGUAGACAUUGUGAUAAAGACAAUCCUGACGUUACACAAAGGUUUGCCUCCAGCCUCCUGCCUGAGGACACUAGGUAUCCUUACCAUGUCAGAGUCGUAUGACAUCAAACAGUCAGCAGUCACGUACCUGAAGCAGAUAGAACAGAGGAAGCCAGAUCGUGAGAAGGCCAUGGUUGCAUUUGUUGAAUUCCUUGAAGACAAAGAUGUCCAAGCAAGAGCUGGUGCCUGCGUUGCUUUAUCCCUACUCAGAGCAUCUGAGAGCAUAAACCAGUUGGUGUACCUUUGUCAGACUGAUAGCUCCUUGACGGUGAGGGCCAGGGCCAAGGAUGCUCUCUACUCACUGGGUGAGGAAGGGAAGAAAGCAUACGGGGAGGCUCAACUUGGCACACAUGGUUUCCAGGGAAUACAGGUGAAGAAGAAGUUUGACUUAAGUUCCUGAGAUCGGAACUACAGCUGAUCUUUCAGUUCUUCCUGAUGUCAACUACCCUUCUCCAGCCAGCAGGCCCCUUCUCCAGGAACAUGGAUAUCAGAUGGGCGGGUCCAAAGGAAGAAUCCAUUGUGUGCCUGGGGGGAGCAAAGGGUGAUCAAGGAUAGCCCCAGGUCUCCCACUGUAUGUCAGCAUAGGAGAUGAUGACCUGGCGACCUCCCUGCAUAUACUGAAACCUGGUGACCUCCUUGCAUGGACAAAGACUAUCAAAAUGAUCUGUGCUUUUGUAGACAGAAAAAAUGCAGUCUUGUGACAGGACAAUUUAGAGACUUAUUGUGUUAAUGGCUAUGCUGAGAAUGCCAUGAUACAUGUAUUUCUAGACCAUCAGACCUGUUGGCUUCCAACACUUCAGGUUUGGAGACGACGAUCAACCCAAUCUUUAUAUUCUACCACAUGGUCAGGGAAGAUUUGUACAUAGUUCCUCCGACUUUUCCUGCUUUAGGAUGUGACUGCUGUGCUCUCAUCAAGCUAGCAAUCAGUGUUCUUGUGACGUCUCUUGCUCAUUGUCUGUCGUCAUGAUCCAUGGAUGCUGCGAGAACUAUAAAGAUAGUGGUGAAGACUGCUCAGACUUUGUGAUGGACCCCAUUCUCAUGGGACGUAUGCUUAGUACUUAUAUGAUGUUAGAAUGCUUACUUAAUUUAUACCAGUGUAAAGACGAUGUUUGGAUGAGUGCCCGUGAGAAAAGGGUGCUUGUGGAGACAGUGGAGAGUGAAGCGAGUGGCUUGAUGUGUUGAGCAGUUUUAUAUAACCAUGAUGUACAUGCUUCAGUAAUUUGUAUCAGUUUUUCUGUGUGUUUGUAUGUGUUCUACUGCAGAAGUAGUAAAAUAAGAUUUGUAUAUAGCGAGUUGUUAAAUAAUUCCAAAUUUUACAAAAGUCAUUAGAAAAUUAUCUCCUGAAAUAGUGCAUAGAAAUGUUGAGAGCAGUGUGAUUUUCUUUGCUACUGGACAUGCAGAUACAGUGACCCGUCUUUUUCUGUUUACUGUGACCGGUAUUUCAGUUGUAUUGUGAUACAGUUUUGUUAGUUUGUGUACAUAUAGACUAUUUAAUAGCCAUGAAUUAUUUACCACUAAAGGGAACUCUUUCUGUCUAACUUGAAAUACACAAGUUUUCGCAUCUGUAUCUACAUAUAUUUGCAAUUCUGUUAUUACCAUAGAAAUCAGUUAUUAAUUCAUAUUGUAAAUGAUGUUAACUUCAUUUGAGUUGUUAACCCUUUUGUAUAUGUACUAGUCUACUUAUGCACUCUGACCUCAGUUUAUGUUGAUAUUGUACGAAACCAAAAUACAGUGUGUCAUGUAGCAGGGGAGACAACUUGAGUAUGUCCAGAUCUGUUUUCUCAAUGAGCUGAAUGUACAAAAUGUGUCCAAAGUGCUGAGAUGUUUGGUUUAAACUGUCUCACAAAGCUCUUAGCUGUUCUCUAUGAUCCGGUUAUCUUAAGUCUGUGACACAUGAUUUCAUUCACAUUUCGUUUUAUUUUGAAGGACAGGAAUUUUAAUUUCUUUUUCAAUAAUUGAACUUUAGUGUGUCCUAUUCCUUAGUAACUUUAUAGUAAACUAUCUACAUGUAUUUUAUAACCUUUUUAUUCACAAAACACAUCAAAACUGCAAUUUAUAUUAUUAUUUCUGUCUUUUUACAAUACAGAAAAGAUCAAAAUUUCAUUUUAUGGUAAUGUUUUGGUAGGAAAAAAAAAGAAACAAACUAAACUUUAUCUGUGAAAUAAUCUCCAGGAGUUCAAGAAGUACAUUGUACACCCAUAGCUUGUUCCAAACUAAAUGUAAUUCUGAUGAAAAUGCAUGAGAUUAGUAAUUCCUUAGUGCUAGCAUCAAAUUAUUCCCAUGCAGUGAAGCAGUGAUCUGAGGUGCAAUAUUGAGAAGGAAUGAUCAGCACUGAGGUAAACAGGUGGAAGAAGAGAAUGGUAAACCUUUGUACAGCAGCAGGCAAGAUAUCAGUCUGGUGUGAGCAGAUUCAGGAGUCAGCUUACAACGAAUACUAACUCUUACCAUAUAUAUGUAUGUAUACACUGUAAAAAUAUCUGUUUAUCUCCCUGACGACUGAAGCCUAUAGCCCGCCCAGUAUUGUUUAUAGUCUGAUAUUAUCUUUCUUCACCAUUCACUGAUCUGUAGGCAUCUCAUCCUCCACAUAUACACACACA